AACCGCGUCCGUUGGUUGUGGGAUCUCGAGGUAUCGAGUGGGUUUAUCCGCAACGUUUCCAUAUUAACAUAUCUAGAUGUAUGAUUAUCUGGAUGUCUUCAUUGGAACUCAGCUUUAAUACACAUUAUCUGAGAGUGGCCUUCGGAAAAUGGAGAUCAAAGUCGGUAGCCCAAUUAGAAUAGAAGAUGCAUUUUAUGUACCUGAAGAAUUGUAUCGUCAGUACAAAGAGAUGAAUAUAUCGAGUAUAUUUUCUUGGCAAGCUGAAUGCCUUAACUUACCUGGUGUGCUUGAUGGUCAUAAGAAUCUUGUCUAUUCAGCUCCUACAAGCGCUGGGAAAACUCUUGUUGCUGAAAUUAUUGUAUUAAAGCGCAUUUUAGAAUCUGCACUUAAAGCGUUUAUCAUUUUACCUUAUGUCUCUGUCUCAAGAGAGAAAAUGAUAUAUCUACAAAAACUUUUUAACAAUUUGGGCAUUCGUGUUGGAGGUUAUAUGGCUGGCCAUAGUCCACCUGGAGGAUUAUCUGCUAUCAAUGUAGCUGUUUGUACGAUUGAAAAAGCGAAUAGCUUAGUUAACAGAUUAAUUGAAGAAGAACGUUUGGACGAAUUAGGUAUUGUUGUCGUCGAUGAACUACAUCUUAUCGGUGACACUCAUCGUGGUUACUUAUUGGAGUUGUUGUUAACAAAAUUACUUUUUUAUUCACGUCGUAUAUCGAAUUUCAAACAUAUAAAUGAAAUUAAAAUUUUAGAAAACUCUCAAAGUUCAUUAAAUAAAUAUUGUGAUUCUAAAACCUAUGGUAUCCAAAUUGUUGGUAUGAGUGCUACAUUGCCAAAUCUUAAAUCGCUUGGACAGUGGUUAAAUGCUGAAGUUUAUAUUACAAAUUUUCGUCCUGUUCCACUAACUGAAUUCAUAUUGUCUUGUGAUUUACGUUCGAAAACAAAUCAGUUUUAUAAAAUUGUCAAAUCUGCUAGUAAAGAUGAUAGCUCUACUCAACAACUGUUGUCGGAAUGUUUAGAGCCUGCUGAUAAUUUACCUUUGGAUCCUCAAUUAACUUCUGAUACUGAACUAAAUAUGAUCGAUGAAGAUGGUGUGUUUGCUUUGUGCUUUGAUACACUUUUGAAUGGACAUGGUGUGUUAGUAUUUUGUCCAACUAAACAAUGGUGUGAACAAUUAGCGGAUACAAUGGCUCGUCAAAUUUUCAUUCUCACACAAUCAUACUUCUCAGCUUCACAUCAAAACGACCAUAAUCCAUCUGAUGCGAAUAUCGGAAAUUUGACUUACAAAAAUUCAGAUGAUCAUUCAGUACAAUCCAAUAUUGGAACGCGUUUAGCUUUACUGUUGGAUCGGGUUGGUCUUGUCACUUGUGUAGAGCAAUUAAAACGAUGUCCAGCUGGUCUUGAUACAAUUUUAGCCAGAUGUUUAGGUUAUGGUGUGGCUUUUCAUCAUGCAGGUCUUACAGUCGAAGAACGUGAGAUUAUUGAAUUUGGAUUCCGUAAAGGUCUUAUUCGUAUUUUAAUUGCUACAUCUACAUUAAGCUCUGGAGUGAAUCUACCUGCUCGUCGUGUUAUCAUUCGAACACCAUUAUUUCAUGGAAAAGUUUUAGAUUUUCUCACUUAUAAACAAAUGUCUGGUCGAGCAGGUCGUCAAGGUGUAGAUACUAGUGGUCAAAGUAUUCUAUUAUGUAAAUCAAAAGAUCUGGGACGUGUUCGUCAACUGAUAAUGAACGGUAUGCCACCUGUGAAUUCAUGUUUGAUGGGUGACGGAGGUAGCCCUGAAUCUAGUCUAAAACGUGCUCUGCUCGAGGUCAUCGUAAAUGGAUUUGUAGAAACAUUAGCUGAUGCUUUACUGUACUUGUCUAGUACAUUAUUGGCAACAACUGUUACCUGGGAAAAAUUAAACGAAUUUAAUAAUUCUCAAUCACCUUCCACUAAAAAAAAUCGACGACGUUCUCUUCGUUUGUCUCAACCUAAAACUUAUUCUGAAAAUGAAAUUAAUGUUGAUGAUGAUAAUGAAAACAAUAAUAAUAAUCGAUUCACAGUUCAGAUGAAACGCUUAUUGUUCACAUGUAUUAAAGACUUACAAAAUCAUGAAUUUAUCUAUAUUGAUCAGUCUACUUGCCUAAAUUUGUCUAAAAAUGUUAUAAAUACGUCGUUUACUGAUUCUCAAUCAUUAGAGCUUUCGCUAAAUGGUGCUCGUCUUCAACCAACAGCUCUGGGGAGAGCAGUACUGUCUUCUUCUUUAGGUCCAGUUCAUGGAUUAAUUGUUUAUGAAGAAUUGGAUCGUGCACGUCGAUCAAUUGCACUUGAUACUGAAUUACAUCUUGUUUACUUAUUAACUCCUGUCUACUUAGACGUCGGUGCUGAUCUAGAUUGGUUAUGCUAUUUAGAACAAUACCAAAGUUUAUCUUCUUCAGAGCGUCGAGUCGCUGAUCUGAUUGGUAUUGAAGAACGUUUUAUCACUAGGUGUGCAGCUGGAGCACCUUCAUCUGCUGCUAGUUGCCACGGUAACACUAAUGUGGUCAAUCGACGUUUAAACCUACAUAGACGCUUCUACACAGCAUUAGUACUGUAUCGUCUAGUCAACGAAGAUGGCUUGCAAAUUGUUGCGAAGAAAUUCGGGGUUAAUCGUGGUCUUCUCCAGAGUUUGCAACAACAAUCUGCUACUUAUGCGGGUAUGGUUACUAUAUUUUGUAAUCGUCUUGGCUGGAACCAUAUGGAACGAGUAAUAGCUAAUUUUCAAUCACGUCUGUGCUAUGGUGUCUCAGAUGAACUUGUCGACUUAAUACGUCUAUUACCUUUGGUUAACGCCGAACGUGCUCGUGCACUAUAUGCAGGUGGUUACAGCUCUGUUUCUUCAUUAGCUUCUGCACGGCCUCAAGAGAUUUCAAGAAUUAUACAACGUGCAAUUCCUUUUGAACGCAAAAAUAAUCAUGAAGUGUGUGUUGUAAAACCCUCUGGUGGUUGUACAAUCCUUCUAGAUGAUGGCCGUGUAAUUAAUGAACACGAAGCUGGCCCUUUAAUAGUUCAACAAGCUAAACUCUUAUUGGAGAUAGACUUGACUUCUGUAUAUGGCAAAGACUUAAUUAUUAUACCAAAGAAUCAUGAGUCAGAAAGUUCCAUGAAACCUGUAAAGUCUAUUAUUGAAAAUGUCAAUGAUUGUGAUAAUAUGAAUAAAAAUGAUAUAGUAGACAGUCAAAAUAAUCAAUUAAUGACACCAAAUCUCAGUUAUAAUUCAUUACAUGAUCUGAAUCUAACCAGAGGUUGUAAAUAUUUUAUGGACAGAGAAAAAAAUCAGGAACAUCUUAACGUAAAAGUAGAAGAAGUUGAAGUUAAACGAUUGAAAUUAUCCUUAGAUAAUGACACAACAAUCCAAACAUCAUCCAUGUCAGCAGCAAGAACUUUGCCUCUCAUUAACAGCGAUGACCACAAAAAUCCUAAUGUCGAUCAUGAAUUUUGUUCAGUAAACAAGGAAAAUUAUUCUAGUGACAACAAUAAAACUGAUUAUGAAAAUAGUAUUAGUAUUACGUCCAAUUCACAUAUUCCUGUUUCAAAUUUUGAUAGUUCCGUAAAUUGCCAUGAUAAAACUGUAAUAGAUUUUGAAAAUUUUACACAAUCUAGCCAGCCAUUUAUAUUAACUAGUCAACUAGCUGCUAUCAUAGAUGAUGAUCAAGUCGUGUUGACUAAUAAACUACCUUCAUCGUCAGAGACAUCUACUUCCAGAUUCGAUGUCAAAUCAAAUCUAUUGCAUUCACCCAUUUCAUGUGAAUCUUCAAGCAUACCAUUUUCAACUACCACAACGCCGUCAUCAUUAUCUGUUAGUAAUAAGACCUGUGAAUUCAAUGAUACACUUACAUAUUCAAUGUUUGAAAGUUCAUUUGCAGUAUCUAAUAAUACAUCGAUCACCACCAUUAUCAAUAAUAAUGAUAAUAUUAAUGGUCCCAUUUGUGAUAUAAUGACAACUGAAACAUUAAAAGAACAAUAUGACGAUUCACAAACUUUAAACAAUUUAAUGAUGUCUCAGAUUAAUUUCGAUACUGACAUUGGUAAAAAGCAAGAAUUAUCCAUCUCCCAUCAACAAUCUCAAUCAAAUCUAUCCAAAGCAUCUAUCAAUCCAAAUGAAUCGUUUUUGAACAUGGAAAGAAAAAGUAUUGGAGAUUUGUUCAGUGCUUCUUUUACACACGAUUCACCAACUAACGAAGUACAAUUGAAACAAGAAUCGUCAGACUAUCAGCAUAUGUACUCAAGUAAGACUGCAGAAUGUAAAACAGAUACGGAUCCACCUUCGGCUGAUGAUAAUCUUAUUGCGGAUUCACUCGAAAAUGGUGUUGAUAAUGAUAAUGACAGAGAUAAUAUAUUCUCUGUUAUUAAUGUAACACAAAAUUACACAUUAUGGAAAACAUUUCUUACUGAAUUGAAUGAUCAUAUUGAAGGAUUGAAAAGUUCUAAUCAAUCUCAGUUAAAUUAUAUAGCAAUUCAACCUGGUUGGCUUUUAAACACAAACUCUGAUAGUAAUAAUGAUAAUGAUUUUAGAUCGUCUAGUGAAUCUCUAUGUUGGAAAUCUGGACCUGCUGGGCAGCCAACUGUUGGUGGUGGGAAAAAUAUGUGCACAAAAUAUGAUUUGUACUUAAGUGGAUUAGCGAUUUCUUCUGUACUUUUGAUGAAAAAUGCUGUAUUUUGGAUCCAUUUUCUUACAGAAAGUGAUGUAAACAGAGUUCCAUUACAGGAAUGUUUAAUUGAUAUAUAUAAUCUAUUUAUUCGGAUACAUCAAUUCAAUAUUGGACUCAUCAUAUGGGAUGUUAAAUGGUGGUAUCGAAUUGCGUACGAUAUACUUAAAAUACCGAAUCAAAUGAAAUUUCAUAUUUAUAAUCCGAAUUUAACGAAUUGGCUAACGAAUCCCGAUCAAGAUCAAAGCUCUCUAUUAAGUGAGGCCCAAAAAUUAAAUCCACAUGUUGUUGAUAGUAUACUAACUAAAGUCGCAUCAUCUGAAUAUUUAGAGCCUCCAAUCCAGUUUUCAGAUUGGUCAAAAAUACCCAGGUUAGAAUCAUCUGGCAAAUGUCCUCCACCAAGAAGUUACCUAAGUGAACAAAAUUUAUUAUCUAAUCUACCAUAUCAUGUUUAUAUAACAUCAGCUCAGUGUUUCCUACUGUCUUUAUGGACAAUUCAUUCAAAUAAUUGUCUGUCAACAGUUCAAAAUUCAUUACUUAACGUAAUUGAACUACCUUGUCAAUCUUUACUAGCUCGAAUGGAGUCGAAUGGUUUUCUUCUUAACUUGAAUGAUUUAAAUAAAUGUCAUGAUUCAUUAUUAAAAGCAUGUAAACAAUUGGAAAGUGUUGCCUAUCGUUUAGCUGGUCAGCCAUUUACUAUGGAUUCACCGAAAGAGAUAUCCAAGGUUCUUUUCAAAUGGCUUCACUUACCUCAAAUAACUGAUCCCAAUGAUAUAAUAAUGAAUAGAAAACGUAAUCAAUCCUAUUUAUUGAAUGGGCGUAAUCGUUCAAGUCAUUUACCCAAAGCUACUAAUACACUUCUCUCGAAACUAACAAAUCUUCAUCCAUUACCAGCUGUUAUUAUGGAAUGGCGUCAUAUCAACGGUAUUUUAGAAAAAAUAUUUAAUUCAUUAGUAUCUACAUGUCGUCUUAUCCAUGCAUCUAGUAUAGGGGAUCAGCCGUCACGUAUAUCACCUACAUAUGAUGUUUACACAGCCACUGGUCGAAUUAUAUCGAUUAUGCCUAAUUUACAAUCUGUUCCAAAAGAUAUUAUUAUUGAUUGGUCUAAAUUACAUUAUAAAUCUACAACAGUAGACAAUAACAAUCUUAAUAAUAACUCAGAAAAAUGGACUUCACCAUUUGAUCAAAUAUUAAGUGAACUGCCUAAAUCGAUUGAAACUAUAAAACCACGUUGUGCCUUUCAUGCACCUGUUGGUGGUUUACUUAUUUCUGGUGAUUUUUGUCAACUCGAACUAAGAUUAUUAGCGUAUUUCAGUAAAGAUGUAGAACUUUUAAAACUUUUAUCAGUAGUGGAACAUUCGAGUCAAAUUGUUGAUCAAUCCAUUGAACCUAACUCAGAAUCAGAUGCAUUUAAAAAGUUAGCUGCCCAUUGGUUAAAUAUACCCCAUCCAAAUCAAGUAACCGAUGUUCAACGUCAACAAGCAAAACAGUUAUGCUAUGCUAUUCUAUAUGGAAUGGGUUGUCAAACAUUGGCUAGUCAAUUGAAUAUAUCUCAGCAAAAUGCCCAAAAGUUAAUUGAUAGCUUUUUAAACACUUAUCCAGGUGUUCAAAAGUUUAUUACAACAACAGUUUUAACUGCUCAUCGUGAAGGUCAAAUUCAAACACUUAAUGGUCAUAUCCGUCUCCUACCUGCGUUAAACUCGAAAACGGUAUUUGACAGCGACACACCUUAUGAACUCAACUGUAAUUGGUCGAAAAAACAUGAUUUACGGAAUCAUUUUGCUGUUAUUAAGGCUGAACGUCAAGCUGUUAAUAAUAUCAUUCAAGGAAGUGCAUCGGAAAUAGCUAAGAUUGCUAUGUUAGCAGUUGACCAAGCAAUUCAUUCAUCUAAUAUUCCUGGUUAUGCUCAUCUUGUCUUACAUGAACAUGAUGAAUUAAUCUAUGAAAUUUUUCCUGAAUCAUCCGUUAAACAAUUCGGCGUAUUAAUUCGACAAACAAUGUCUAAUACAAGUAAACAUUGCAAUAUCAAUAUCCCACUCCCAGUAAAAUUGAGAAUUGGUAAUAAUUGGUCUGAUUUAAAACAAGUUAAUUGGUGAUCAAAUAUGCAUUUAUAAUUAUUGUUUCAUUAUUAUUUCAGCUUUAUCUUGGUUAUUGUUGGUUUGUUAAAUUUCCCUUUAUCUUAUAUGAUUAAAUUUAUGGAUGAAUAUUACAUAAUGAGAAUCAAUGUACUAAUAUGUAUGCAUUUCACGUACUGAACCUAACUCAGGGAUAUGAUAAGUAUUGCUUUUCUAUGUAUGUUAAUGUGUUCGUUUUCUUGAAAAAUAACUUGUGAUAUAAUGUGUAUUAUUUAUCAACCAUAAACCAAUUAGUCUUUUCUCAUUUGAAUCAAAUAAAUUUUUUAAGAUGAAAA